AAACAACCAAUUCCAACGGUAAUCCUUCUUACUACUCCACAAGAACGUAAACAUGUGACGUAACCUCACUUUAUUAUUUCUUGUUUUUGUGUACAUUUUUGUAUUUUAUUUAUUUUUCUACAGUUAGCUUUUAUAUAUUUUCAUUAACAAAAUGUCUAUUAAAAACGCCAUCCGAAUUGUAAAUGUUGAUUACUACAUGUCAGCCCCCAUCCAAGACUUGGACAUCAUGUAUUCGGAUUUCCGAGGCUCCUCAAUAAGCCAGGUCCCGACAAUUCGCAUUUUUGGUUCAACAGCUGAAGGUCAAAAAAUUUGUUUGCACGUCCAUGGCGUCUUCCCCUAUUUGUACAUUCCGUACGACGGCUCUGAAGACUGCAACAGUCUCAAAUACCAAAUUGCCGCAAGCAUUGAUAAAGCCUUAAACGUGUCGUUCGGUCAAGCCUCAGCUUUGACCCAACACGUCUACAAAAUAACUCUAGUUUCUGGGAUUCCGUUUUAUGGCUACCAUACGCGGGAGCACCAGUUUUUCAAGAUUUAUUUGUACAAUCCUAAUUUAAUCCGCAAGGUUGGCAACAUGUUACAAAGCGAAGUGAUUCACGGCCGGUUGUACCAACCACACGAAUCGCACAUCCCCUACAUUUUACAAUUCAUGAUUGAUUAUAAUCUGCACGGAAUGAGUCGGAUUUUGCUCAACGAUCUUAAAUUCAGAGACGAUUCGCAUAAACAGAGCUACAGUCAACUCGAAGCUGAUACUUUGUGCGAAAAUAUUCUCAAUAGAUUGGAAAUAGCGGAUGGUAAAAUGGGGGUAAAUCCCGGAAUUGCCGCACUGUGGGAAGACGAGAAGCAAAGAUUGAGGGAUAAAGAGGAAGACUCGCAAAUGGGGCCUUGCUUGACUCUUGAACAUUCGCAAGUGGAGCCCACGAAGUCUCACGAAAUUUUCAAAAGAGCCCUCUUUGAAAAACUCUGUCUUUUGGAUGAUUCCAACGAGACUGUUGAUCAAAAUCUCAGUGUUUAUCCGGCUGAAACGCCCCAAAAUGAAAAUAUAAAAAACGCGUCUUUUGUUGAAACUCAUUCAAGUUUGAACGACAGUGUGGAUCUAAAUGCAACUUUUGACGAUGACGCCAGAGAUUUGUUUGAGAUUUUGCAAGAUUUGGGCCGGAGAAAUAACGAAAGUGAAGAAGCGGAUAGUAUUUUGUCGCAGUUGCCGAAGGAAGAAGACGAAGAAGAAGAAGAAGAGGAAGAAAACGAACUUGAUUUGAGCAUCUCAAUGGCUGAUACUACGCCGUUUAAAAAUAUUUUAGAAAGUAUGGAUGACGAUCUUGAUGUUACACUUAUCCCGCAACUGGACGGUUCCGGAGAUGAGAAGGAAAGGAAAAGUAAACAAAAAAGCAAAUACGGGUGUUUGCCCAUUUUUGUUCACAAUGGGCGGAGUCAAGAAAUCAGUGAACUGGAGCACGCCAAACGACGCCUAAAUUUCCAAAACAAUACGACAAUAUGCGAGGAUUACCUUGAAUGUGAAUACAGCCAAAAAAUCAAAAACAAAGAAAACAUUAUCGAUACUCGCAACUUAACCGUCGCCGAACUAUACGACCUACAAACCAACUACAAACCGAAAGAGGGCUGUUCGACCAUCCUCACCCAAAACUCCGACACCGACUUGAAACUAUCAUCAGAAUCUGACAUCUUCCACUCAAACCCAACUCCCCCAAAACUCACCAACUAUCUAACCCCUUCAAUCAAACCUCCAACCCGAAGCGAAAUUUUCCAAAACUUAGACUCUCUCAAUUUACCCAAAAUCGUCCACGAAACACCAUUUUACAGCGACGCCUCUGACGUGACAAACAGUGUCGAGAUCGGCCACUCGAUUUUAAAAAUCCCAAGCAAAACUACGGCCCAUUUGGAAGAGUUCCAAAGUUUGUACCCCGGCUUGGAGACCUAUCGCCGGGAAAAAAUGCCACCAAACAUAAAAUGGACCCACGAUAAUGUUAAAAAAGUUAAACUCUCGUUCUGUAGUGCCGAUCAAAUCGUAAUAACCCCCUUAAUUGGGGCCCCCAGUGUUCGCGACGCCGAAAUUUGGUUGAAAAAACGCCCAGUUCUUAAACCUGCCAGGAGUGAAAAAAUCAAAAUCAAACUUCCAGUUAGUCCGGAUCGAAUUGACGAAAGCGACUUGGAACUAACUUUAUCGCUCACCCAACCGGUCAAGAAAGAUAACUCGUGUCAGAUCACCGGAACCAGUCUUGAUAACACGUACGGUUUUAAAAUGACACCGGAGAAUUUCCAAAAUGCUAAGGCCCUAAACGAGUGUCAAUACCUUACGAUUUUAUCGCUAGAACUUCACAUAGAGACUCGAGGGGACUUAAGGCCGGACCCGGCAUAUGAUUCAAUCCGUGCCGUUUUUUACAAAAUUGUCGAAGACGGGCCUGGUGGUACCACAAGUGGGGUCAUAACCCUUGACGGAGUGAAACCAAGCGAAGUCCGUUGCGAUUUAUUGAACGUUUCAACUGAGGAAGAAUUGUUGAACGAGUUAGUCAAGUUGGUCCAAAACCACGAUCCCGAUAUUUUGGUCGGUUAUGAGAUUGAAAUGUGUUCCUGGGGGUAUUUGCUUGACCGGGGUCAAGCCCUUGGGCACGCCCUUGUCACUUCCUUAGCCCGGGUGAGGGAGAAACACAGUCGCAAUGAGGAUAGUUUGCGGAUCACUGGCCGUAUUUUACUGGACGUUUGGAGGCUGUUACGGCACGAAGUGGCCCUUCAGAGUUACACGUUCGAAAACAUCGUCUAUCAUUUAUUGCAUCAAAGAAUACCGUUGUAUUCCUUCAAACAACUGGCGCUUUGGUGGCACAACCCUUUAUUCCGCCACCGGACCAUUUCGCACUACUUGUUCCGAACGAGUGGUGUUUUGCAAAUUUUGGAACAACUGGACUUAAUCGGACGCACGAGCGAACUGGCGCGACUUUUCGGGAUCCAGUUUUUCGAAGUCUUGUCACGCGGGUCGCAAUUUCGGGUCGAAUCAAUGAUGUUACGUCUAGCUAAGCCGUUAAAUUUCAUCCCCGUGUCUCCAAGUGUGCAACAACGGGCCAAAAUGAAAGCCCCGGAGUUUCUCCCUUUGAUCCUCGAGCCGGAGUCGAAACUGUACGUUGAUCCGGUCAUAGUGCUUGAUUUUCAAAGUUUGUACCCGUCAAUGAUCAUCGCUUAUAACUACUGCUUCUCGACUUGUUUGGGCAAAGUGGCCAAUUUGGGUAAAAACGCCCCGUUUGAGUUUGGCGCCACCCAGCUUAAAGUAUCAAAAAAACAAGUAGAGAAAUUGUUAAAUGACGAUUGUGUUAAUUUUUCGCCAUGUGGGGUCGCUUUUGUGAAGAAACAAGUGCGUGAUGGGAUUCUCCCCAGGAUGUUGCGAGAGAUACUUGAUACUCGCCUCAUGGUGAAAAACGCAAUGAAACGAAACAAGGACGAUCAGUUGUUGCAAAAGGUGCUUCACAGUAGACAGCUGGGGUUGAAGUUGAUCGCAAACGUGACUUAUGGCUACACUUCGGCCAAUUUCAGUGGGCGGAUGCCGGCGGUCGAAGUGGGUGAUAGUGUGGUGAGUAAAGGGCGAGAGACGCUACAGAGGGCUAUAGAGUUGGUGGAAACGACCAAAGAAUGGGGUGCGAGAGUUGUUUAUGGGGAUACUGAUUCGUUGUUUGUGCUAGUAAAGGGGAAAAGUCGGGAGGAGGCGUUCGAAAUUGGGAAAAAAAUUGCAGAUGCUGUUACGAAAGCAAACCCUGAUCCGGUCAAACUCAAACUGGAGAAAAUCUACCAUCCUUGUAUCCUCCAGACGAAGAAACGGUACGUGGGGUAUAUGUAUGAAAGUCCAGAUCAAACAGAACCGAUUUAUUUGGCGAAAGGGAUUGAGACUGUGCGGAGGGAUGGGUGUCCGGCUGUAUCAAAAAUGUUGGAAAAAUGUUUACGACUAUUAUUCGAAACGAAAGACGUCAGUUUGGUCAAAAAAUACGUCUUGCGCCAAUUAGAUAAGAUUUUAACAGGUCGUGUAAGUCUCCAAGACCUGACAUUCGCUAAAGAAUACAGAGGAGCCUCUGGCUACCGCCCCGGUGCUUGCGUUCCGGCUUUAGAACUCGCGAGAAAAUGGACCUCUGUGGACCGACGAAGCGAGCCAAGGAGAGGCGAACGCGUCCCUUACAUAAUAGCAAACGGCCCUCCUGGAGUGCCAUUAAUCCGUUUAGUGCGAAGCCCCCGUGAAUUUUUAACCGAUGCGAGUUUACGACCGAAUGCCAUCUACUACAUCACCAAAGUCAUAAUUCCGCCAAUUAACCGUUGUUUCAAUUUAAUCGGCGCCGAUUUGAACGCGUGGUUUAACCAAAUGCCGCGGAAACAGUUCCAGUAUUUGCGAAACGCUUCGCCUGUGAAAAAAAGCACGAUUUCGCAAUAUUUCGUUUCAAAUAGUUGUGCCAGUUGUGGGGAACAGACACAGAACGAUUUGUGCGAAAAGUGUCGGGAGAGGACGCAAAGCACGGCGGUUGUUUUGCACGAGAAAGUGCGGAUUUGGGAACAGAGUUAUUAUAACAUCAAUAUGAUUUGUCAGUCUUGUACGGGUAUUUUUGAUGACAACGCUUGUUUAUCAUUAGAUUGUCCUGUUCUGUAUAGGAUAAAUCAAACAUCGCGUGAUUUGGAGCAAGCCAAAUACGUGCGUGAAGUGAUUAAUACUCUAAAAGUCUAGUCAUGUUUAUUAAAAUAAAAAAAUAUUUUUGAUAAAAA